CUGUAGGGGAAACAAGUUUAACAGGACUUAGCCCUUAAGGAACAACAGUUGCUGAAAUGGGCGGCGGAGGGAGACCAUAUGGGUUCGUCUGCAGAAUAGGGAGGUACGGCGCAGGGCAGGACUACAAAUGGAGUGACACUACGGCACCGGAUUAUUGGCGAGUUGCCCACCUUUAGAUCCUCAGCGGUUGGACGAGUUUAAUUAGAAUACUAAGUAGGUCCGCCCAGAAGCUUUCACCCUGCCCUCUGACCCUAGGGCCCAGCCCGAGGAGGCACUCAGGGUUAGGAGGUCUGGGCGAGAAGCAACUAGGACCCUCAUCACUUCGCCGCCGAAUCCCCGGCGCCGCCCAGCGGGGCAGAGCCAGGCCAGGGCCACCCGCCCAACCUGGUCCGCUGCCUCUUCGGCCAUGGAAGCUGCCGGCAGCCCUGCGGCUACGGAGACAGGCAAGUAUAUCGCGUCAACACAGCGACCUGACGGGACCUGGCGCAAGCAGCGGAGGGUGAAAGAAGGAUAUGUGCCCCAGGAGGAGGUCCCAGUAUAUGAAAACAAGUAUGUGAAGUUUUUCAAGAGUAAACCAGAGUUGCCCCCAGGGCUAAGCCCUGAGGCCACUGCUCCUGUCACCCCAUCCAGGCCUGAAGGUGGUGAACCAGGCCUCUCCAAGACAGCCAAACGUAACCUGAAGCGAAAGGAGAAGAGGCGGCAGCAGCAAGAGAAAGGAGAGGCAGAGGCCUUGAGCAGGACUCUUGAUAAGGUGUCCCUGGAAGAGACAGCCCAACUCCCCAGUGCUCCACAGGGCUCUCGGGCAGCCCCCACAGCUGCAUCUGACCAGCCUGACUCAGGGGCCACCACUGAGAAAGCCAAGAAGAUAAAGAACCUAAAGAAGAAACUCCGGCAGGUGGAAGAGCUGCAGCAGCGGAUCCAGGCUGGGGAAGUCAGCCAGCCCAGCAAAGAGCAGCUGGAAAAGCUAGCAAGGAGGAGGGCGCUAGAAGAGGAGUUAGAGGACUUGGAGUUAGGCCUCUGAGGCCUUUGGGGAAUAGGGAAUGGACUGCAGAACAAACCAUGGGGCUCUCUGGGGUCUGGGGGAAUACGGGCAACAGCAGUCAGGAGGGGUACCCCCCAUACUGGCUUCCUUCCACCUCUUGCGGCCCAGCUCUGUCCUCCAGAGCCUAGCAUCUCCCUCAAUCCUUCCCUUUUCUUCCCAACUUCUACUUUUUGGACUUUCCCCCUCCCAUUCCCAGUGUUCAAAAUCUCAGUGACUACCCCAGGUACCUUUGCUGCUGAUUUGGGUGUCUUGUUUAAAAGAAAAUCAGGUGGGUGGGAAUCUCUUGGAGAACUGAGGCUGAGGGUAGAGGGAGUAUGCCCAAGUCUUGGAGUCUUGGUUCCUGUUCGUGGUGUUUAUGGGUUAUUUCCCUCUCCAUCCCUCAUUUUUUUUUUUUUUUUUAAAAAAAGCAAAAAUGAGAAUAAACACAAGUAGACAUGUC